CUCUGUUCUUCCGGGUUGGAGGCGCAGGGCCGUGGGGCCGAAGCCCGGGUCUGCCAGCGCGGCGUCCCCUUGCGGCCCGCGGUGCCGGGCACAGUAGCGCAGCCUCCCGGCCCAGUGAUUUACCUUGAAGGAAAUUGGGGAUUCAGAAAGUGAGAGCUCAUAUCAACAUGGCGAACCUACUGAAGACAGUGGUGACUGGCUGUUCAUGUACAUUAUUUAACAAUUUGGGGUCCUAUAAGGUUCUGCCUGGGAAGAAGAAUUUUUUACGAACAUUUCACUCUCAUCAGGCGCUGCGGUGUAAAGCCCCUGUAAAACCAGGAAUUCCAUACAAACAACUAACUGUUGGAGUCCCCAGGGAGAUUUUCCAGAAUGAGAAGCGAGUGGCAUUGUCUCCUGCAGGUGUUCAGGCGUUGGUCAAGCAGGGUUUUAAUGUUGUUGUGGAAUCAGGCGCAGGUGAAGCUUCCAAGUUCUCGGAUGAUCACUAUAGAGCAGCAGGUGCUCAAAUCCAAGGGACGAAGGAAGUGCUGGCUUCUGAUUUGGUGGUCAAGGUGCGAGCUCCUAUGGUUAAUCCCACAUUGGGUGUUCAUGAAGCUGACCUUUUAAAGACAUCAGGAACACUGAUUAGUUUUAUUUACCCAGCCCAAAAUCCAGACUUGCUAAGUAAACUUUCUGAAAGAAAAACUACCGUCCUGGCAAUGGACCAGGUUCCAAGAGUCACAAUUGCUCAGGGAUAUGACGCGCUAAGCUCCAUGGCCAACAUUGCUGGUUAUAAGGCUGUUGUACUAGCAGCAAAUCAUUUUGGACGAUUUUUCACUGGUCAGAUCACAGCUGCUGGAAAAGUUCCUCCGGCUAAGAUUCUGAUAGUUGGUGGUGGUGUUGCUGGACUUGCUUCUGCAGGUGCAGCAAAGUCGAUGGGUGCAAUUGUGCGAGGAUUUGACACAAGAGCGGCCGCCUUGGAGCAGUUCAAAUCCCUUGGUGCUGAGCCCUUGGAGGUAGACUUGAAGGAAUCUGGUGAGGGACAAGGAGGAUAUGCAAAAGAGAUGUCCAAAGAGUUCAUUGAAGCUGAAAUGAAACUCUUUGCUCAGCAGUGUAAGGAGGUAGACAUCCUCAUCAGCACAGCACUUAUUCCAGGUAAAAAGGCUCCAGUUUUAUUUCGUAAAGAGAUGAUUGAGUCAAUGAAGGAAGGUUCAGUUGUUGUGGAUUUAGCUGCUGAGGCUGGCGGAAACUUUGAAACUACUAAGCCAGGAGAACUUUAUGUUCACAAGGGAGUUACUCACAUAGGCUACACAGAUCUUCCCAGUCGAAUGGCCACUCAGGCCAGCACCUUGUAUUCCAACAACAUCACCAAACUUCUGAAGGCCAUCAGCCCUGACAAAGAUCAUUUCUAUUUUGAAGUGAAAGAUGACUUUGACUUUGGUACAAUGGGUCAUGUCAUCAGAGGAACUGUAGUGAUGAAGGAUGGCAAAGUGAUUUUCCCAGCUCCCACGCCGAAGAACAUUCCUCAAGGUGCUCCCGUGAAACAGAAGACAGUGGCCGAGCUGGAAGCUGAAAAAGCAGCUACUAUCACUCCCUAUAGGAAAACAGUGACAUCGGCUUCCGCGUACACAGCAGGUCUCACUUCUAUACUGGGUUUGGGCAUUGCUGCUCCCAAUUUGGCUUUUUCUCAGAUGGUGACCACUUUUGGCUUGGCCGGCAUUGUGGGCUACCACACCGUCUGGGGAGUGACCCCUGCUCUCCACUCGCCGCUGAUGUCUGUGACUAACGCAAUCUCAGGGUUGACUGCAGUUGGUGGGUUGGCGCUGAUGGGAGGACAUUUGUAUCCUUCCACAACCUCUCAGGGCCUUGCUGCUCUUGCUACAUUCAUAUCCUCGGUCAACAUUGCAGGUGGCUUUCUGGUGACUCAGAGAAUGCUGGACAUGUUCAAACGUCCCACCGAUCCCCCAGAAUACAAUUACCUGUAUCUUAUCCCUGCUGGUACCUUUGUUGGAGGAUAUUUAGCUGCCCUGUACAGCGGCUUUAACAUUGAACAAAUCAUGUACCUGGGCUCAGGUUUGUGCUGUGUUGGUGCCCUGGCUGGCCUUUCCACCCAAGGAACAGCUCGUCUUGGCAAUGCUUUGGGCAUGAUUGGGGUUGCUGGAGGUCUGGCAGCCACCCUUGGAGGCCUAAAACCAUGCCCAGAGUUGUUAGCUCAGAUGUCUGGAGCAAUGGCGUUGGGUGGUACCAUUGGCUUGACAAUUGCCAAGCGCAUCCAGAUUUCUGAUUUACCUCAGUUAGUUGCGGCUUUCCACAGUUUGGUAGGUUUGGCAGCUGUGCUUACUUGUAUAGCUGAGUACAUUGUAGAAUAUCCACAUUUUGCCACGGAUGCAGCAGCUAAUCUCACCAAGAUUGUGGCCUACCUCGGUACUUACAUCGGUGGUGUCACGUUCAGUGGGUCUCUUGUUGCUUAUGGAAAAUUGCAGGGUAUCCUGAAAUCUGCCCCUCUCCUGCUCCCUGGAAGGCACUUACUCAAUGCAGGCUUGCUAGCUGCUAGUGUGGGUGGAAUAAUCCCAUUCAUGAUGGAUCCAAGUUUUACCAUGGGUAUUACCUGUCUGGGUUCUGUGUCGGCUCUCUCUGCUAUCAUGGGCGUGACUUUGACGGCCGCCAUCGGGGGUGCUGACAUGCCUGUAGUCAUCACUGUGCUGAACAGCUACUCAGGUUGGGCCCUGUGUGCAGAGGGCUUCCUGCUCAACAACAACCUGCUGACCAUCGUGGGUGCCCUCAUUGGCUCCUCUGGUGCUAUCCUGUCGUACAUCAUGUGUGUGGCAAUGAAUCGCUCCCUGGCUAAUGUGAUUCUUGGAGGCUAUGGCACCACUUCAACAGCUGGUGGAAAACCCAUGGAAAUUUCUGGCACACAUACAGAAAUCAACCUUGACAAUGCAAUUGACAUGAUUCGAGAAGCUAAUAGCAUUAUUAUUACUCCAGGCUAUGGUCUCUGUGCAGCCAAAGCUCAGUACCCCAUCGCUGAUUUGGUGAAGAUGCUCACCGAGCAAGGAAAAAAAGUCAGGUUUGGAAUUCACCCAGUUGCAGGCCGGAUGCCUGGUCAGCUUAACGUGCUGCUGGCUGAGGCUGGGGUGCCAUAUGAUAUUGUGUUGGAGAUGGAUGAGAUCAACCAUGAUUUCCCAGACACUGAUUUGGUCCUGGUAAUUGGAGCUAAUGACACUGUUAAUUCAGCAGCUCAAGAAGACCCCAACUCUAUUAUUGCAGGCAUGCCAGUCCUCGAGGUCUGGAAAUCCAAGCAGGUCAUUGUUAUGAAGAGGUCUUUGGGUGUUGGCUAUGCUGCAGUGGACAAUCCAAUCUUCUACAAACCUAACACCGCCAUGCUUCUAGGCGAUGCCAAGAAGACAUGUGAUGCACUGCAGUCAAAAAUUAGAGAAUCCUACCAGAAAUAACUAUGAAAGGCCAAGCCAUUGUCUAACAAAGCCACCUCUUCAAUUGUGUGAACACCCAAAUAAUGUAUACAGUGUACAUGGCUGAUAUGCAUCUGUAGGAGAACUCUUGGAAGAAUAGGAGGAGUCUGAAGAAAGCAAAGCCAAUAAAGGAGUUUUUUCAAGAUCAGUGAUCCCCCAGUCUUAAAUAGGGAUUGAAUGUUCUCAAUGUCUUUCUGUGCUCUGAAUCAAAAAUAUUUUAUAAAAGGAGAAAAAUACAGCCUCAUUUUAGAUGCAA